GAGUGUUCCUUCCGGGAAGGAACUUAACCGUAUGCUGAACAGUCUGCGCUUGCGCGAAUCGAAACUUCCUUUUCCGCAAGGGUGUCAAACCCGCAACCGAUGCUAUCUGAAGAUCGGAGUUUUCAAACUUCGAUACGCUCAAAAAUGGGGUUUGUGAAAGUCAUCAAAAACAAAGCCUACUUCAAGAGGUUCCAGGUCAAGUUCCGUAGGCGACGAGAGGGGCGUACUGAUUAUUAUGCAAGGAAACGCCUGAUCUUUCAAGACAAAAACAAGUACAAUACUCCAAAAUACCGCUUUAUUGUGCGUUUGACCAAUAAGGAUGUGAUUUGCCAGGUAGCGUAUGCCAGAAUUGAGGGUGAUGUGAUUGUAUGCGCUGCAUACUCUCAUGAAUUACCUCGAUAUGGCUUGAAGGUAGGGCUGACAAACUAUGCGGCUGCAUACUGCACAGGGCUUCUUCUGGCCAGACGGCUGCUGAAGAAGCUGAAGCUUGAUGGCAUUUACUCUGGAAAAGAGGUGGCAGAUGGAGAGGAAUACUGUGUGGAAGACCAAGAUGGACAGCCUGGUGCCUUCCGUGCAUACUUGGAUGUUGGUCUGACUCGCACAACUACAGGUGCACGUGUCUUUGGUGCACUAAAGGGUGCUGUUGAUGGAGGACUUGACAUUCCACACAGCACAAAGCGAUUCCCUGGAUAUGAUGCAGAGACCCAGCAAUACAAUGCUGAAGUGCAUCGCAACUACAUCUAUGGAAAACAUGUUGCAAACUUCAUGGAACACUUGCAAGGCGAGGAUGAGGCUCUAUACCAAAAGCAGUUUGCUUGCUACAUAAAGUUGAACAUCACUCCUGAGUCGAUGGAUGGCUUGUACAAAAGUGUCCAUGCUGCCAUUCGUGCUGACCCAGAGGCCAAGCCCAAACCAGAGAAAACCGUGCAGAAGAAGAGGUGGACGCGUGCUGGCUUGUCUCUUGCUCAGAGGAAGGCUCGCAUCAAGCAGAAAAAGGAGGCUUUCCUUAAAACACUGGAGACUAGUAAUGAUGAUGAAUAAACAUUGCAAUAUUUGCUAUUGCCUGUGGAGAAAAAAAAUAAAUUGGUUGUCCAGUGAG